AUGUUCUUACUAAGAAGUUAUCCACGAACGGUACGUCAAUUGAGCAUGUCAACACACGUGGUUCACGCGAAGCGUGCAUCCAGCUCUCUUCCAGCGGUCUUAGAAGCGCGGAGGCCGAGGAAAAGUCCUCAAACGGACUCGUCAACGUUGUCCAAUUAUCAUUACUUUAAAGUAAAGAAAUCGUCUUUGAACAUUGAUUGCUCGUUUGAAACUAAGGCUAUCAGUGGGUUUGUGAACUACAAUAUCAGUAGAUUGGCUGAUGUUGACCAGGUUUGGCUGGAUACUUCGUUUUUGAAGAUUUCAGACGUUGAGAUUGACGACAGAAAAACGACAUUUGAAGUCCAACCAAGAACAGAGCCACUGGGAUCACGGCUAGCGAUAGAUUUGCCCCGUGAAAUUGCGUCAGAUUUUCAACUCAAAUGUUUUUUCAGCACUACAGACCGAUGCACUGCGCUACAAUGGCUCGAAGCGCACCAAACCUCCGGAAAACCUUACGUUUUUUCGCAGCUAGAAGCGAUCCACGCAAGAUCUCUGUUUCCUUGUUUCGAUACGCCUUCAAUUAAAUCGCCUUUUGAUGCCAAGAUAACUUCUCCUCUCCCAGCUGUGUUUUCUGGUAUUGCAACCGGCAACGAGGGAAACGCUUACCUUUUUGAACAAAAUGUGCCCAUUCCAGCGUAUUUGAUUGGUAUUGCGUCGGGAGAUUUGCAAAGUGCUUCAGUGGGACCUCGUUCCAAAGUUUACACCGAACCGUUCAGGCUCCGGGAUGCACAGUGGGAGUUUGACGGUGACGUUGAGAAAUUCAUCCAGGCCGCUGAAAGCAUCAUUUUCAAGUAUGAAUGGGGCACUUACGAUAUUCUUGUCAACCCCAACUCGUAUCCAUAUGGUGGUAUGGAGUCACCAAACAUGACAUUCGCGACUCCUUCGCUGAUUGCCUACGAUAAGAGCAACAUCGAUGUAAUCGCACAUGAACUGGCACACUCGUGGUCUGGAAACUUGGUCACCAAUUGUUCCUGGGAUCAUUUCUGGCUGAACGAGGGCUGGACUGUGUAUUUGGAACGCCGAAUUUUGGGUGCGUUGCAUGGCGAACCUGCUAGACAUUUCAGCGCUUUGAUCGGUUGGAACGACCUUGAAAACAGUAUUGCAGCCAUGCGGAAUCCUGACCGGUUUUCUACAUUGGUUCAAGAUUUGAAGGACAACACCGAUCCAGAUGAGGCGUUUUCGACGGUGCCAUAUGAAAAGGGUUUCAACCUCUUAUUCUACAUCGAAAAUCUUGUUGGUGGACCUGAACACUUUGAUCCUUUCAUCAAGCACUAUUUCACCAAAUUUGCGCGUCAAUCUCUUGACACUUGGCAAUUCCUUGACACUUUGUUCGAUUUCUUCAAGGAUAAGAGGGGCUUAUUGGAAAACAUUGAUUGGAAUACAUGGUUGUUUACUCCGGGAAUGCCUCCAAAGCCUCAUUUUAAUACGGUUUUGGCCGAUUCCGUCUACGCGCUUUGUGAGAAAUGGAUUGAAAAUGCUCAAGAUUUCCAAAAUGAGAAACAUUUUAACGACAUGUUUAAUUCUACCGACAUCGCCAAAUUCAAUUCUAAUCAAUUAGUUCUCUUCCUUGAUACUUUGGUACAAGGCGUUCCUUCGAACUCUCUUCAAUUUGAUUGGGCUGAAAACAAAGUCGCUGCUAACGCGCUACUGAAAAUCUACGCGGACGGUAUUGGCAAUUCCAGAAAUGCCGAAGUUGUUUUCAGGCUUUUCCGCUUCAAACUCACCGCCCGCUUGCAACCCUAUUAUCAAAAACUUGCGGAGUGGCUGGGCACCGUUGGUCGCAUGAAGUUCGUUCGUCCUGGUUACAGGCUUCUCAACGAAGUUGACAGAAGCUUGGCUCUCGCGACAUUCGAAAAAUACAAAGACACGUAUCAUCCCAUUUGCAGAGCCCUUGUAAAGCAGGAUUUGGGUGCAUGA